GAUUUCCGUUAUGCGGUGGAACGGCGCGUUGUUCCACGCCAUUUUUCCAGACACGCGCAAUGGGUGAAGAGCCAUCUUGUUUCUGUUUGCCCAGACGACGUGGCCGAGUCGAGAAGAGGCUCGCGUUGAUUAACCAGAUCCAGAAACAUGAGGACACCUAUGUGGCUUCCACUGAUAGCGUCCACCUUGGCAUGCGUAGCCCUGUCAGCUUCGGUGUCGCCAACUUCAACCAGUUCCUUUUUGUCCAAGGCUGAUAUAACGAGACUAAAAAAGGUCGUCGAGCCUGGAUUUGAGCUGAAGGAUUUAGCCACUCUGCAUUACGCUGUGAUUGGCUAUAAUCUCGUGGGAGAAACAAUACCAAAGAAUGCUGAAGCCUGCAAGUUCAUUUUGAGUUCAGUUGGAGACGCCAGUGGAUUGUCGCUGGAGAAUCUCUACUACGCUGUUACAGCUUGGAAAGGAAUUGGGAUAUGCCAGCCGCUUCCAAAUGCUGCGAUUAUAAAGACGUUUGCUGCCGUUGUGGAAAAAGAGUCUUCGACCAUACCUGAAGUUUUCUACGCCGUAACCGGACUCAGCGCUGUGUCCCAGCACCUCACGGAACCUGCAAUAGUAAAAUUGGUCAAGGCGCUUCAGGCUGCAUUGAAAAAAGAUGAUAGCAUUCUCAACCUUGGGUACCUUUUCCACAUUGCUGCUGAGCUCGGCCCUGCAGGUUCAUUCGCUUUCGAACGUAUCGAGGAUGCCAUUGUUCAGGCCGAUGAAGUUGACGGCAAAUACCUGCAAUUUGAGGGUGGACUCUCCAUCACCAGUCUCGUUGUGAAAGGUGCCUUCCAGUUAUCGACAAAUUUGAAGAAAAAACCACCAAUAACUUCUGAACAGACUGUGAAGUUUGCAAACUAUCUGUUGUCCCGUCGUUCAGUUCAGACAAGCAAAGGAGUCGUCGGUCUUCUUGCUGCUCUUAGCGUACUGGCCAAUAAUCCGUUUGAAAAUCCGAUCUGCAUCGCACUGGCGGAUGGUGGAAUAUCGGUUUCAUCGAAGCAACCGCUGGUCAGCGUCAAAGUUUGCGACAUUCUUGGAAGAUCUCUGAAAACUCUGCCAUCGGUCGUUGCCAAUUCUGCCACUAGAGUUAGUGACGAUGUCGUUGUUAUCAGCAAGAAGGCCUUCCAGCCUUUGGCUUCCGACAAAACUCUGUAUACAAUGAAUCUCAUGGAAAUCAAACCGGAACGAGGAGUUUACAAGAUCUCUGUAUCCGCAGGAUCCGUGUCCAACAUUGUCACUGUCAAAGUACUGUCCGAAGUGGUCGUGGAUUACCUUGAAAUCGGCACUGCUGACGCUGAUCAAACAACGCAGCCAAAAUUGUCUCGAGUGGAAUAUCCGAAGAAGCUGAGUUCAAAAAUCGAGGCAGAUUCUCAGCAAAAACUGGUCAUAAGAUUCCUGCUGAAAGAUUCCACGAGCCAGAAACCAAUCAGAGUGCAUCAAGCAUUCGUGAGGCUUUAUUCAGUGUCAAAUUCCGGAAACACUCAGGGUCAGGAAAUUAUUUUCGUCGCUGAACCGGACACUGGAAACGUUUACAAAUUUGACAUGGACGUUGGAUCAACGGCUGGAGAAUUUGGCCACAUUAGUGGCGACUACAAUAUUGAAUUGAUAGUCGGUGAUGCUGUGCUCAUAAAUUCGUUCCAGUGGAAUGUGGCUCAGAUUACACUAAAGCUACCAGAAUCGCAGAGCGCUGUUCAAACCAGUGACGAAAAAUCGAAUCUGUACAAACCCAAGCCAGAAAUCAAGCAUAUGUUCCGCGAACCUGAAGUCAGGCCGUCUCGCGUUGUCUCAAACUUAUUUACUGGACUUUGCCUGGCGCCUGUUCUUCUGCUCCUCAUUCUAUGGGCAAAACUCGGAGUCAACAUAUCAAAUUUCCCUCUUUCUCUGAGCGCUAUUAUUUUUCAUUUAGGACUUGGAGGGAUUUUUGCCCUCUUUGGAGUUUUCUGGCUUCAAUUGAACAUGUUCGUUACUCUAAGAUACCUUUUGGGCAUUGGUGUCGUAACUUUCCUAGCAGGAAAUAAGCUGCUAUCUCAAAUCGCCAGUCGUAAGGGACGUUAAUUAAAAAUUACGUCGAUUUGAAAAAGAAGAAAACAGGAAGAAUAAUGGGAGAAGAAGCAUGGCGAAGGGAAGAAAGAAUUACAGACAGACAGAUUUGAGACUUGAAUAAAGAAAAAAAAAAAAAAACGAAACAAUUAAUAUUCAGUAAUCCAUUAUUUAAGAAAAAUGGCACGCAUGAUAUCUUAAAUAUUUAAUUACCCUUAAACUUCAAAAAGAUUGAGAAUAGCCAACGAGCCGUAAAACGCGAUUUUUUUUUUUUUAGAUUUUCCUCAUUACCUCAUUAUUUUACUUGCCUCUAAUGAUAAGCCACCUUUACAGAAUUAUCAUUUUUUGUCUGCUCCAUCAAAUAAUGAAAAUAAGAAGGAAUAGAAAACGAAGAAUAAUCUAAAAGUUGACAGACAUGAAUAACCGAUAGCAAAUGAUUGAAGGCAGAGAGAUGAAAAAAGAUUGAAGUUAAAUAAAAAAUCGAGUAUUUUAAAUACAUAAUAAUAUAGAUCAUAAAAUAUUUUGUUUUCACGUUUUCUUUCUCCCCCUCUCAUAUAUUAGUAACGAAAAUAGUGCGUGACAUGAAUUAGCCCCGUGAAAGUGAAUAACUUUUUCAAAUUAUCCUAUUAAUUCAUCUAUUUAGCAGUUUCAAAUGAAAACUUGUCUGUGCUGCAAUGAUUUUUUCUUUGUUGUAAAAAUGAUGAAAGAAAGCAAUAUUCAUACGCAUAUUAUUGCAAGUUUAAAAAUUCGAAUGGUAAAAACUAAAAAAAAAAAGCAGUUGCAUACCGAUUUGUCGUGUGAAAUCUAUCCCAACAUAAUCUAACAUUCCUGAUGAUAAUAUAUGUGAAAAAAGUGAUGAGCAUUAAGCGGGAUGCUGCCGCAAUUAAUUUAUAAAACUUAGAUAAGUCGUAUAAAAAUGGAUCAUUUUUUUACUCGUUGUACAGAGAUUUGAGAUAUUAAUAAAUAAAUAAGUAAAACGUG